AUUUGAGCAAAGAGGUUGUGUAGAAGAGCGUAAAAUUUCUAUUACAUAACUAGUGGAAUAAAAUUUUGUUCCUUCAAAAUGUAUCUUAGAAAAUUACUUAGUAAUCCAGCAAUUAGAUCCUGCACCAAGAGAAGCUAUUCCUCACACUAUGAAGGCAGCCACGCUGUUCAAUCGACCUACAAUGAUUUACCAAAGCCCCAAGGAAGUUGGAAGACCAACUACGAUGCCAAUCAACGCAAAUACAAUGCCCAUUUGGUUUUGGGAAUAGGUGCUUUAGUGGGUUCUAUUGUAUUCGGAAAAGCCGCAGGAUUAUUGGAAUUCUACAAUGAAUUUCCUGAACGUCCAGCCGUUAUCGCAUCCUAUAAGUAAAUGUAUUUAUUACUUUUUAGUAAAUCUGUAUAGUUAAAAUAGCAUUUGGAAUCAUUUUCCUCUUUCAAAUAGCUUUAUGUUUGUUUACCUAAUAAAAUUAAUUUAAGUAC